AUGGUAGAUUUUCAUAUCAGCAAAGUUCAUGAUCUCAUGACAAACCAAAAGAACAUCAGGAACAUUUCUGUGAUAGCACAUGUUGACCAUGGAAAGAGUACGCUGACGGAUUGCCUUGUGAUCAAAGCUAAGAUAGUAUCCAAGGACUCAGGUGGAGGAAGGUACAUGGACUCACGUGAGGACGAGCAGCAGAGAGGAAUAACCAUCAAAAGUUCUGCGAUAUCUCUUCAUUUCCAGGUUGAAAAGGAGGUUCUGGAGGCAUACACGAAGGAAGGAGAUACUAAUGGAACUGAGUUUCUUAUCAAUCUAAUUGACAGCCCUGGACAUGUGGACUUCAGUAGUGAAGUCACUGCCGCUCUUCGUGUGACUGAUGGGGCUCUUGUUGUUGUGGACUGUGUGGAUGGAAUCUGUGUACAAACGGAGACUGUACUUGGACAAGCAAUGAAUGAGAGAAUAAUCCCAACCCUAGUCCUUAAUAAGCUUGAUAGAGCGAUUCUAGAAUUGGAGUAUCCUCCUGAGAAGCUUGGAGAAGUCCUCCGAAGAAGGGUGGAGGGGUUCAAUGCGAAGCUGAGUACCUUAGGGUAUAACUUCAAAGUGGAGUCACUAAUGCCUGAGAAGAAUGAAAUCUCAUUCUGUUCUGGAUUACAAGGAUGGGGGUUUACCCUAAGGCUAUUUGCAAGGUUCUAUCUCGAGAAGUUUAAUAUGAGCGGGUUUGAGGGAGAAAGGAAACUUACAAACUUCCUAUGGUCUCACAAGGUGUCUUGUACAUCUGAUGAUCCAUUUGAUCCAAGCAUCAAGCACAUAGCCAAGUCAAAUCCUGCAAGGUCUCCAUUUGUUGUCUACGUAUUGAAUCCUAUUUACAAGGUCAAAGAGUUAUGUAACAACGGACAAAUUGAGGAGAUCAAAGAGUAUCUAAAGUUCUAUAAGGUAGACUUCAAGGGGGUUGCUCUUAGUGGAAGUGGAAAGUCACUCUUCAAGGAAGUCAUGAAGGCAUGGCUUCCUGCAGCAGAUUGCAUUCUAGAACAAAUAGCAUUAAAGCUCCCAUCCCCAUUACAGAGCCAGAAGCUUCGAUACGACUAUCUCUAUGAAGGUCCCUCCGAUGACGAUAUUGCAAAUGCAAUCAAGAAAUGUGAUGCUAGUGACGAUGCACCAGUUUCGAUGUAUGUCUCGAAGAUGAUUCCUUCGAAUGAUAACCGGUUCAUAGCAUUUGGAAGGGUCUUUUCUGGGAAAAUAUAUCCCGGGAUGAAGAUCAGAGUCCAAGAACCAGGAUAUUCUCCAACGUCAGAAGAGCUGUCUAAUACCUCAUUGGUUCAUAACAAGUCUGUUCUAAGAACUGUUGUGAUGAUGGGGAGGGGGUAUAAGGAUGUGCCUAACUGCCCUGCAGGAAACAUCAUAGGGAUUGUUGGGAUUGAUGACUGCUUGAAGAAGACAGGCACAAUAACCAACAAAGAAGAAGCAUACAACAUCAGGUCAAUGAAGUUUUCUGUUUCACCUGUUGUUAAGGUGGCUGUCUCUGCAAAGAGGCCUGAGGAUCUUGGAAAACUGCAAGAAGGCCUUAACAAACUUGCACAAUCAGACCCUCUUUGUCUCGUCGAAAGGAAUGACAAGGGCCAGAGCACCAUAGCAUGUGCAGGGUCUCUGCAUCUUGAGAUCUGCCUUAAGGAUCUGCAAGACCAGUACGCUAAAAUACCGAUCAUUGCAGACGAUCCCUUGGUGACAUACUUUGAAGGAAUAACCUCCGCUGUCACCGAGCCUAAGAUGACGAAGUCGGCAAACAAACAUAAUAGGAUCUACAUGACCGUUGAGCCUCUCGAUCAAAAUGUAGUCGAUAAUCUAAAGGAUGUCAAGUCCGACCAGAUAAAAACAAUGAUAACUAACUUCCGAGAAAAGCUGGAGAUAAGAGACGACUGGGUCAAGAAGAUAUGGUGUUAUGCACCUGAGAUCAAUCCGCUGAAUCUUCUUGUGGAUGCAACUAAGGGAAUCUCCAUUAUCAAUGAAAUCAAGGAACAUGUCAACACAGGGUUCAGGGCAGCAGUCAACGAUGGGCCCUUGAUUGGAGAGGUAAUGCGUGGGCUUAAGUUUGAGCUCAGAGAUGCUGUUCUGCAUGCCGAUGCUAUUCACAGAGGUAUCAACCAAUUGCUCCAACCUGUCAAGAACCUUUGCAAAGGGCUUCUUCUUGCUGCAGAUCCUAUUCUUUAUGAGCCCAUAUACGAAGUUGAGAUAACCACUCCUAACGACUAUUCUGGAGCAAUCACUACAAUCCUUCUUUCUAAAAGAGGGACUGCAGAGGACUUCAAGACACUUCCUGGAAACGAUACAACAAUGAUUACAGGGACACUUCCAGUAAAGGAAUCCUUUACAUUUAAUGAAGACCUGAAGUCAGGAUCAAGAGGAAAGGCCGGGGCAUCCAUGAGAUUCUCCCAUUACAGCACUCUCCCCGGAAGUUUGUCAGAUCCAAACUCUUUGAUGUUCAAAACAGUUGAAACAGUUAGGAAACUCAAGAAGAUGAAUCCUGCACCUCCAACGGCAGAUGCCUUCUUCGAUAAGCUUUAA